ACGCGUUCAUCUCCCCCAUCCUCUCACGUUUAGGUUGGAGCAGCUCUGCCACUGAUCAACCCGUAAAACAUGUCUACUCACGACGAGUACCCUCAGGGUCACAUCCAGACUGCUUCGGCUUCAUCUCAACUUGCCACUUGGCAUGCUGAGAGGGGCAACAAGUCGUUCCUUAGGGCGUGUAUCCCCUCAUGGUCCCAUAACCCUGUCUAUGCGUCGGAAGAGACGACCAAGAACCCCUUCAAGCUCCUGGCCAUGGUCGGACCUAUGGGAUGGUUGUACUUCUUUUCCGGUUGGUUUGCAUGGACAUGUGACGGUUACGAUUUUUUCGCCGUCUCAUUGACCGUCGACAAGCUCGGCAAGCAAUUCGGCGUGGAUACCAAGAAAAUCACCACUGCUAUCACUUUGACGCUUCUGUUCCGGUCUGUCGGUGCUCUGAUCUUCGGAGUACUCGCUGACCGAUUCGGACGGAAAUGGGUCUUGGUCUGUAAUCUGCUUCUCAUCGCCGUAUUUGAGCUUGGAUCCGGAUUCUGCAACACAUACCAGGAGUUCCUCGCUGUCAGAGCCCUUUUCGGUAUCGCCAUGGGAGGUAUCUGGGGUCAAGCAGCCGCCACCGCACUCGAGAACGUCCCUGUCGCCGCUCGAGGAAUCUGCUCAGGAAUCUUGCAGCAAGGUUACUCGGCCGGAUAUCUGAUUGCAGCCGUCAUUAACCUUGGAGUCGUCGACAAGGAAGGAGGCACCUGGCGAGAGCUCUACUUCAUUGGCGCUGGAUUUUCCGUUGCAGCUGCUAUCGUUCGAGCUUGCAUUCCAGAGUCCAGGCAAUACAUCCUUGCCAGAGAAGAAUCCCGAGCAGCUGGCCAGAACACCUCUCAGAAGUCAAAGAUGUUCAUGAAGGAAGUCGUCUCCAUGCUUAAAACCAACUGGGUUCGUGCUAUCUGGGCUAUCUGCAUGAUGACCGGAUUCAACUUCUUCUCCCAUGGCUCUCAGGAUCUCUACCCAAAGUACUUGCAGACCACAAAGGGACUUUCCAGCGCUCUUUCCUCAAAGGCAACCAUUAUCGCCAACUGCGGUGCCAUUGCAGGAGGAUCCAUCGCCGGAUAUGUGUCUCAGUACACCGGUCGACGACUUGCUAUCAUUAUCUGCGUCCUCUACACAGCCUGCUGGAUCCCUCUCUGGACCCUGCCAAACAACUUUGGAGGACUUGCCGCUGGUGGUUUCUUCGUUCAGAGUGGUGUUCAAGGCGCUUGGGGGAUUGUCCCAAUCUACCUCGGAGAAGUUUCACCUCCUGCCUUCAGAGCUUCGUUCGCCGGUCUCGCCUACCAGCUCGGUAACGCUGCUUCAUCCGCUGCUGCUCAGAUCGAAGCCGACGCUGGAAGCAGGCUCAGGAUCAUUGUCAGAGGCAAGGAGGUCGCCGAUUACGGCAAAAUCCAGUCAAUCCUCAUUGGAGCUGUCAUGGCCUGGAUGCUUAUUUGCGUCUUCUUUGGACCCGAGGCCGAUGGAAGUCACUUCGAAUCUGCCGCCGUUGCUACACAGAGCGGAUCCGGAAAGGCUGCGACUGCCGAUCUUGUCCACAUUGAACGAAAAGCUCAAGAGGAUAUUCAUGACCAUGAACACCGCGACAUCGAGUCAAAAGCUUGAGAAAGAAACAUGGGCGGUUGAAGUACAUAGAUGAGAGAUACAGGUGAUUGUAUGCUUUGCGCAUUGCUACCAAGGGCUGGAGAAUUGUAGACAGCUUUUUAUGAAAAAGGGUACUCGAAAGUAUCCACCUCCUCAGAUCGGAAAGCAUUUCGCAGAGACACUGGAAUGAUAGCUGGACGCUUGAGGCUUGUCCUGUGUUCUAUGUACA